AUGGAGGUUGCCGGACUCGUCUUGGCCAUACUUCCGCUUUUCUUGAACGGGCUGCGACAGAUUGACGAUGGUAGUCGUAAGGUCUUCGGCUACCGAAGAGCUUUGGGACGUCUGGUGCAAAAGAUUGAGGUGGAAGCUAUGAAGCUCGAGAACACAUUCGAAAUCCUGCUCGGAGAUAUUGUUCCGCCCAAGAAACUGCAGGAACUUUUGGAUGGUAAUGGCUGGGAAGGCACCACCAUCGCCGAAAAUCUGGAGCGGCGUCUUGGGUCACUGGGGACCAAGAUUUUUAGGCGACAUAUGGAGGAAUUUAACUCGAAGCUUAGGGAAUUGGCUGAGGGACUGAGACUUAACGAGAACUUUGAACCGGCGUUGCUGGAAACAAAGUCCAAGAAGCGGUUGUGGAUGAAGAUCAAGUUUGUCGCAAAAGAGGGAGAUUAUUCUUCACUGCACCAAGAUAUCGUCCAGAUCAACCAUGAACUUGCGACCUUGGCAAUGUUACGAACGUGUCCUGCCGAAGUUUCCAUGAGGUUGCAGGAAGCUCCGGCCUGCACAUGUGAUGCUGCACACAUCGUCAACCUUCGACUGCAGAGCAUUAUCGACAAGCAAGGACGGGCUGCUGGAGCUGUGAGGUUCAAGGUCACCUUCUCAUAUGAUCUUAAAAACGCGAUGUGCGGCGGCAACCCCUCUGGCAAAAAGGGUUUCGUUUGGUCCUGGCCUCAAGACCGCAGCUCCUCAGGGCGUGAAAAUCCCCCAAUCUCCCUCCCGCUAAAUUUCGGGAAGGAGAUAAAGAACCUGUGUUAUCGGGCGGAGCGACAGCUCGGCGAAUACAGUGUCGGAAUACUGGAUCCGGGUCGUGACCAGUGGCAUCGCAUGCAACCGCCCAUGGAACCGUUGGCAGUUUCUGAUAUCGCCAUCACGUUUUCGCUGCAAGAACUCCUUCGUAACGGUGUUCUUGGGCUCAACGAAAGGCUUCAGAUCGAAGUCCAGCUUGCCUCAGCUGCUGUCCAGCUACACGGCACAAAGUGGCUUGAAGAAGGCUGGUGUAGCGAAGAUAUACUGUUCUGCGGCCGCCAGGAUGCAAAACUUCGAGCGAUAGACGGGACCUGGUUACCCGAGCCCAUCGUCAAUAACCCCUUCGUUCGAAAAGAAUUUGGCAGCUGCGCAAGUGUAUCGAGACAGAAAACAUUGACGAUAAAUCACGAGCGGAAAAUCGCCGAGUACGACAAGUGUCUUUUCUCCCUGGGGAUCGUCCUAAUCGAGCUUUGGUUCAGAAAAUGCUUCGAAGACCUGAACAUUUCGACCAGCGCAAUGUCGGACGACUGA